GCCGAGCGCACUGCACACCGCCGUGCGUUUGUUCCCUUCUCAGCCACAAAGUGCCCAAAGCACCGAUCCGUUCCGAGCCAAGCCGAGCCACGGCGUGCGUUUGCUCCCCCAAAAGUAACCCCCGCCUCUACCACCGCCACCACCACCCCACCACCGCCGUCUCCGACCGCUGCUUUUUGGCAAUGGAGCCGUAACCAUCCGGGUGAACAGUGCCAAGCGAGUGAAAUAGCGGAGCAGAUACGCGGAGACAGCGGAGACCAAGCGGCUAUGGAGGAGAAGCGCAGGGAGGCUGGAGUCUAGACCGCACGCAAAUCAACAGAUUCACUUGUCCGGAUUACUUUUUGCAACCUCCGCUGAACUCUCUUAUUAUUAAUAUUAAUACGCAAAGGAUUCUCUCCUCUUUCGUCUGAUCAUCAAAGGCUAUCAUUCUACAGCAAGGAUGCAGGAGAAGGAGGCGAGCUUUUGCACGGGAUGCUGGAGACUAACGCUGCUGUCGUGUGUCCUGGCUCUGCACUUGAUCCCGCUGUCUGUCCACGGAAACAUUGUUGGGACCAAUGCCACUGAGCCGGACAGCGCGGCCAACGUCACCUCCCUGCUUAUUGAGGAGGAAGGGCCAAUCAAGGUCAACAAAUUCAUCGCUGCGGUAACUGGAAUAAACAGCCCGGCCACUCCUGAGCCAGUCAACACUGUGACCCCAAGGGCAGGUCGUAUCCCCCGCGGCGGCGGCGAGGAGGAGGAACAGAGCAGCGGCAUGUUUGGUGAGACAGUGGUUCCCACAGUAGAGGAAGUAAGUGUGGCAGCUCCACCCCAGCUCAUCCCUGACUCAGCUGAGACGGAGCACCUGUUGCCUAGCAACCCACGCAGACAGGAAGUUGUUGAGGGUGAGGAGGAGGAAGAUGAAGAGGCACGUCUUCCACACACUGACCCACCUUGGAUCCACACCGAGGAGACGGAGGACACAGCUGUGUUUGACCUGGACCAGCUUUUCACCACAACUGCUGCCCCACCUUCAACCACCACUAACCCCACUAACCCCACUAACCCCACUAACCCUGAUGUUGGUCACGUGGACUUCUUUGACCCUUCUUCUCGUGGGCGCAACCUAGACCUAGCCCCUGCCUCACCUUCAUCAUCGGUCCAUGAGCUGCAAGGUGGCGACACAAUCUCCUGGGCAAUGCCAGACACCUAUGACUACCUUACACCCUAUGACGACAGCAUGUCCCCCACCGAUGAGUACGCCUACAGCACCACAACUGAUGCUUAUGAGACUGAUGAAGAUCUCCGACUGGCUGCUGGGUCUCCUGCUCGCUCCAAGCCCCAGCUUCCAGGGUCUGGCUCGUUCAUCCCUGGGGGGUCAUUUCCUGGUGUGAGAGCUCCUGUUCCAAAGGUCCCUGUGGCAGCAACUCCAGCAGCCUUACCAAAGGGAUGCCGUGUGGGCUACCAGAUGAUCAACGGAAGCUGCCGCUCGCAGUGUGACAUGCUGCCCAACUAUUGCUUCAAUGGAGGACAGUGUUACCAGCUAGACGGCGUGGAGGUUUUCUGCAGGUGUAACGUCCAGGAUUACAUCUGGCACAAGGGUGCCCGCUGCGAGUCGGUGGUCACUGAGUUCCAGGUGAUGUGUCUGGCCGUGGGCGCCUCAGCUCUGGUGGUCCUGCUGCUCUUCAUGAUCAUCGUGUGCUUUGCCAAGAAGCUCCAUGUCCUCAAGACGGAGAAUAAGAAGUUGCGUAAGCGCAGCAGUAAGUACCGGCCUUCAUCGGAGCAGCACAAUGAUAAUUUCUCGCUGUCCACCAUCGCUGAGGGCUCCCACCCAAAUGUAAGGAAACUGUGCGACACCCCUCCUAACGUCCCUCAUGCCCGUGCAUUGGCUUACUAUGAUAACAUUAUCUGUCAGGAUGAUCCUAAUUCCCAGAACAAGCUGGAGGACCCGGUGAAGGCCCCGCCCAAGGAGGAUGACUCCCUCAACAUCCACAACUCUCUGACCCCCAAACAUGAGAACCACAAGGUCCUGGGCGAGGAGAACUCCUCGGAGGUAAACUCACUGCAGAACAACAUGAUGUGAAACAAAACAACCCCAGCAACCCAUCAGUGCAACACCGAAAAACGACAAGGUGCGCCGGCAAUGGGUGCCCACAAACCCCUCCCCGCUCGCUGUCCAUCCACUGCCGUGUGCACCUAAGUGGUCAACCAACCAAUCAAUCAACCAGCCUGCCAGCCAGUAUACCAGCCAACCAACACAGUCUGUACCCGUUUCUGACACGGCAACACUGCCACAAAGCGGCCUCCAGUCGCCGCACAAAAGCAUACACGACCAUCGCCGCCGUCACUGCCCCAGGUGAAAGUAACCCCACCCCACCCCGCCAGCCGCACCAUGCCGCCGCCCUGCAACACCCCCUUACAUCCAGCCACACCCCUGUUUCGCAGCCCUGCCCCCUUGUUGCUGUCACUCUGCUGUCCCUUAUCUUUCUUACCUGCACACACACACACACACACACACACACACACACACACACACACACACACACACACACACACACACACACACACACACACGUGCACACACACACACAGUGUGAAAAGAUGAUGACAAAGCCACGCUUAUAUGUAUACACACACACACACUCUCCCCUGCCUGCAUUGGUGUAUUUUGUAAAAAGAAAGAAAUCAUACAGAAGUUUAAAACGUACGUAAAACGUCAUUGU